CAGGAUGACGUUGAAUUCGCAGCAGACGGACUGAGGCUCAGCACGAAAAUCCCCAAUUGCACAUUGGCUACCAUACUCGUUGGUUCAGUUCUUCUUUGUAUUUCAUUCUUGUUCUUUCCAUUUCGUUUUGUUGCAUUCAUCCGAACUGAACGACAGAACGACAGAACGACAGAACGAGGCGCAAUGAGCAAGCAGUCAAAGCGAUCGCAGCAGCUCUCGUCGUCUUCUGCUGGGGCUUCCGCGCACACGGCCACCACGGCCCGCAGUAGUAGCAGUAGCAGUAGCAGUAGUAGCAGUAGCGCACCGUUAUUCGAUCAAGCGGUCGCCCAGUUCACCGCAGACGUCCCUGCCGCGAUCGUUGCGCGCUGGACUACGAACGGAGGCAGGGUCAAGAACCUGUCGAAGCCAAGCCAACAACCGAGUCCCGACGCGGUAUGGACGUUCGCGCUGGAUUUAGACUCUGAUGGCAGGAUUCGACAAGACCUCGAGAACGGCAAGCUCGUGUAUCUGGACGUCAACUGGAUUUCGGAAUGCGUCAAGGCGCGUGCGGUGGUUCCGAUUGAUCCUUUCGUCUUUCGACUCCCGCUGGAUGAAGCGGUGCUCAACCCACUCCCGGCGAGAACGUACGAUCCUGCCACCAGCAAGCCAGUUUAUCCUCAGCCAUCCGAUUCAGGCUCCUUUGCAUUGGACGAGAAAACACCGUUGCCGCCAUCAUGGCCUUGGCAGGAGCCUGGUGCGACGAGACGCACGUUUGCUCCUCCAGUCCAAGCUGCAGCGUCAAAGCCUGGACCUGUCGCUUCCCCGCCAGCCAGUUCGGACAGCCAGCUCGCUUCUGUUCAACCCCAAACCCAAGCCUCUGCCUCAGCGACUCAAAGUACGCGCGACUCUGCAUCCAAAGCACCAUUGGCUGCGCCUCCUGCAACCCCAUCGACGAAUGCAAGCACGGCAACGCGCAAGUCAGCUGAUGCUGGUCGACAGGCCGCACACCCCACUGCUAUGGAAGUCGACGAUGCACCACCUGCAUCAAAGAGCGCAGCUAGUCUUCCAGUAAAUAUUCCCGCCACACGAAAGUUCCAACUACCUCUGGACAAUGCGCAAGAUCUCCCUCACGUGGCAAUUUCGAUGGAUGCUGACGAACUGCAGGAUGUGGCAUUUCUGGUUCACAAGCAAUUGCGCUACGUUCCUGGAUACUCUGCUGCAUUAUCAUGAAACAACCUUAGGCAUUGUGUUGUGUCUUGUGUUGUGAAUACGGGUGAUCAUUUUGUG